AUUAAUCGCCGUUCGAUGGUGCAGAGAUAAUUUACGAGUUCACUGAACCAGAUAAGGAAAACCUCCUAUAUUCGGCUAUCGGGUGAUAUGUGUGUGAUGUUUAGAAAGUGGGAGCGUGUACAGAAUGUGUAUUGUAUUGAUAUAUUUGGGGAAAUUCAUCGACGGAACUUUUAAGUAUGUGCAAUUUUGACAAUUAAGUCUGUGCACUGUAUGUGUUAUAAACGGGAUAUGCCAACAGGAAACUGAGAUUUUGAAGGAUUUAUUGCUGGUGUCAAUUCUCGGACAGCAGCAGUGUAAGACUACAUAACUGGAAUGGAGGCCCCAGACACGUUCCAUCCCAUCAACAUUCUAAAGACCACACGAGGCUUCCCUCCACCAAUAAGGCUAGGCUACACUAAAACUGACCUGUAUGGUGAUCUCACUCAUCUUAACUCCAUUGAUGAACAUGCCAUACAGGUGGCAGCCCAUAAUCACACAUGCUUCAAGGACCUCUUGUGGCACCUGGUGUACAGCAGGAACUUCUUCUCAGACCUCGACAAGGCCAGAGUGAUAUUCAAGUGGAUGACCACUAAGAACCUUCAGACGCUGCAGUUUGACAAGUAUCCACCGGGAUCCGCCGAGGAGCUCUUCAAGUUCCUGCAGAAGAAGGAGACAACCUACGCCAAAGUGUUUGCCGUCAUCUGUGGGUACGCAAGCCUGUACUGCGUGGUGUUGACGGGCUAUGCCAAGGGGAAGGAGUUCCGGCCGGGUGACUCGUUCCAGGGCGAGUCCAACCACAGCUGGAAUGCAGUGUACAUCGACGACAACUGGCACCUCGUGGACACCAAGUGGGCCGCCAUGAUGCGUUGUAACAACAACAGCACUGUCAGUGUGGAGGAUGACUUCUACUUCCUGACAGACCCAGAGCAGUUCAUCUAUAGCCACUGGCCCCACCAGACCGAGUGGCAGUUCCUGCCAAGGAAGUACUCUCUUAGUGAGUUUGAGGAGCUGCCCUUCGUCAAACCCUUCUACUUCAAGACCGGCGUCCAGCUUGGCUGGACUGAGAAGCCUAUCAUUAGGUCUGCCCAUGGCGUGGUCACGUGGACUUUAAAAAACCCAAAGCCUCUGAAAUUCGGCUACAAGGUUACGCUUGACAAUACUAAUAAUAACAACAACAGUCUGAGAAAUAAGUGCCCCGAUUUAAAAACUUGCAUGUACCAAGAAAGCAAAGUGGACGAGACAAAGUUUGUUUUCCGUGCCCCGAGGGUUGGUUUGUACACAGUUAAAAUCUAUGCUAAGAGCCUGGAGCCGUCUGAUGCCAACAAGAAUCUUACUGAGAUUGUUGAGUACCUGGUGGAGGUGAGGGAACCAGCGCCUGACGCAGCCCCACUUCCCCCCUGUAGUGACACGGUUUGGGGACCAGGGGACAAGUCCAGGAAGCUUGGUUUGAAAGCGGACACUAAGUCAGGUGUUGUCACGUCGUUUGAGCCCCAAGUGGAGUUGAAGUUUCAGAAGACGAGGUCGAUGCGAGUCAUGUGCAAGCUGCGACGUCAUGACGUGGACGACACUAUCCUGCAGCGGUGCAUCCAUGUCAGCAACCAUGAUAAGAUCACAAUAGCACUGAGCCUUCCGGAGCCCGGGGAAUACGGCGUGAACAUACUGGUGAGUCAGCCCAACAACAAGCGGCUGUAUACACACGCAUGCCAGUACCUCGUGAUAUAUCUCUCCGAUGAUGAGAAGACGAUGUUUGUGAGCGAGAUCUCGAGAGGCCAUAGCGCUGACGAGGUGGAUGCAGCCAUAUUUGAGAGUGAUGAGAAAGAGAAACUUGCAGCAUGGAACAUACCCGCAAUUGAAACCCUAGAGAUUCAGGAGCGGAGAGGUCCACCCAAGGUGGCGACAGAUUUUGAACUGCUGCCCAUGAUGAGCGAGGCCCCGAAGCCAACACCGUCCAACCUGGGUAGCAUGGUAUCGUUCUUCGACUUCACUGACCGACUCGUAAUAGAGUCACUCGACACACAUGCUGAAGAGGUGUCCCAGAGCCAUCAUGACAGUUUCCGGGACCUCAUGUGGGAUCUGAUCUUCUCCAGACAUGUCACCAAUGAGCUUGCCAAGGCCAGGCUGAUAUUUCGCUGGCUGACCAUCAAGAAGAUGGAGGACAUCAACUUUCUGUCCGUGGAGAAGGACAGUCCAGAGGAGAUCCUUGUCUGGCUGAAGACUGGACGCUCCUCACAUGCUCAUGUCUUCUAUACCAUGUGCUGUUUUGCUGGCCUUCACUGUAAAGUGAUAUCCGGCCUGACCAAGGGGACUAACUGCAAGAUAGGGCAGUCAAUGACUCCAGAGGAGUAUCAGCACUGGUGGAAUGCUGUGUACGUGUACGGCAAGUGGUGUUUUGUGGACAGUUACCUAGCAACCAUUCCCCUAGUCAACAAGACUGGGUCAGGGGAACUGAAGUACAGUUUUAACGAGAACUUCUUUCUCAUAGAUCCAAAGAAGCUCAUUUUCACUCACUUCCCAGACGAACCUCAGUGGCAGCUUCUUAAUGAUGUGGUCACACUGGACGAGUUCUGCUUCCAGCCAAAGAUCACGCCGCAUUUCCUGCAGUUUGGUCUGCAAACAAUGUCGCACAAGGUCGGGGUUAUAUACACCAAAGAUGAGACAGAAAUCCAACUUGGCUUCCCAUCGAAGCGUACCGGACUGAAGUUUGUGUUCAGUCUUAUUGCCGAUCAGAAGGUUGACGAGUUUAACGGGAUUAAACUGAACGCGUUCGGUAUGGUUGAGUGUCUUCCUCAUUCAGCAUUUGUUCGUGUCAGUCUUCCAAAAAAGGGCCUGUACGCUCUGCAUAUUUUUGGGAAAGAGGACACACCCAGUGGCAAAGACAUCUCAUUCUCGCAGGUGUGUGAGUAUGAAUUGCACCAGGAAAAGGACCCCCAGAAAGUAGUGUGCCCCUAUCCACCCUGUUCCUCCCUAAUGUGGGGCCCUGGGCCAGGUUUCUACCAGCUUGGGCUCACGCCUGGGAACAGUAGGGCCAUUGUGCAGACCAAGGGUGGAAAGGCAGAAGUGCGCAUCAAAAUGGUGAAAGCUAUACAGCUGCGGUCACAAGUAAAACUGAGCCAGGUUUCAGCGAGUCAAGACUUACCAUUGGUGGUGUACAAGAUUGUAGAAAACAUGGCAUCUUUCACUGUCGUUGCCACGGAAAAAGGUAGAUAUGGUCUCGAGAUUUAUGCUAGGGACCCUGACACGCAAGACACUGAAGACAUGCGAUUCCGUCAAGUGGCCCAAUACCUCAUAGAAUGCAAUGAAACAGUUUCAAAUAUAUCUUUACCAAAGGUUCCACCGGGCUUUCUUGGACCUCAACCAAAGUUCACAGAAUUUGGCCUGCGCACCCUGAACGAACACGACCCACUUAUUGAACUUAGAUCAGAGAACCAUAUAGAAAUUCAGCUGGGCACGAGCCGCGACAUGAAGUUCAACGCCCAACUCCUGCAGGCAGAUUCCGGCCAAGACGCUUCUGACUUUAUCUUCAUACAGACACAGCCCUCCAUCGUGACAUUCCUGGUGAACAUUCCCUCUACCGGCUUCUACAAGCUGCAGAUCCACGGCAACAUUGCUGAGGACCAGACCCACACUUCCCUGGGUCUUUUCAACUACCUGAUCGAGUGCAGGAAAGUCUCGGAGAAGGUGUAUCCAUACCCACGUCAGCUCGGCCACUGGAAGGAGGGCUGCUACAUGUUUGAGCCGCUCAUCCUGCACUCUGACAUGAAACAGGACGAGGUGAAGUUCAGAACGCACGUACCGAAGGCCAAACAGGUUGUGAUCAUCUUGGACCAUAAUCCCAUAGCGUUAAAAUCACUAGGUCCCGUCCAGUGGGAGGGGAAUAUAAAUCUAUCCAAGUUUUAUGGUACUGAUACGAAAGUGAUCCUGGCCGCAAACUAUGGCGGGGAUGAGGAUCGAUAUGCUACGCUGCUGGAGUACAGAUUGUAAUCCAUGUUCUGUGUUAAAAAUGGUUAUUUAUGUAAAGUAAAAUCAUGCUAAUUAUUACAAUAACAAUUAUUCCUGUUAUGUUUGUAAUAUCGAAAUGAUUUCCACAUUGGGUUUAAGUGUCAAACUUUUCAAUGAAUUUUGUCUUUUGUUCAGCAUUUAUUGAUAUAGCUGCCUUUAUUGAAAUUGAACAAUGCAAGAGUUAUUGUUGACAUUAAUGUAUUCUCUUAAAGAUGUCAAUAUCAGGCAUGAGUCUACUAUGCUUCAGAUCGAAAGUCUUAAGCAAUACCUACAGACUUUAACCCAUUUAUGCCUAGUGGACUCUCCCAUCCUUUAAAAUUGGAUCAAUUUAUUUCCAAAAUUUGGGAUGUCUAGUAUAUUUAUUUAUAUAUUUAGAAUAUUUCUUACAUAAAUUCCUUUUAGCAAAUAGCCUAGACCCUGAUGAGACGCCGCAUUAUGCGGCGUCUCAUCUGGGUCUACGCUGUUUGCCAAGGCCUUUUUUCUAGACGCUGGGCAUAAAUGGGUUAAGUUUAUUAAGUGCUUUACAUUUCAUGUUGUUCCCUAUUUGGAAUGUUAUAUUCAGCAUAUAAUCAAGUGAAUUAUUUAUAUAUUUAGUUCCUCUACCAGACUGCAUGAUCCUGCUUUAAGUUUUGAAACCACAUUUACAAACUGUGCAUUAAUUUGCUGUAAAAUUCAAUGAAAGUUCCUGAAAAAACCCAUUUGACAUGAUAUACAUAGUUAUUGUCUUGAUAUUUUAGUAUUUCACAUAAGAGAAUCAUGUGCAAAUGUAAUGUUAACCAAGUAUUGUACAGAUUUAUUAGAAGACCUGUGGCACUUCUUGUAGUAAAUAGAAUAGUUGCAAAGAUUUACUUAAAGCUGAGCAUCCAUAGGUGAUUAUUGGAUCAUGCUUUUGAUUUCGUCAUAUAAGUUGAUUAUUUUAUAUUAUGUUUGCUUGAUUUUCCAUCAAUCCUGUUUUGUGAAUGUUUAUGCAUUUCAUUAUAAACUUAGGAACAAAUUUAUUUUAGACUUGCAUAAUUUAUUUGUUAUUUUGUUAUAUUUUUUCCUUUUCAAGAUUUUAAUAAAAUCCGCAACAGUUGAAA